ACAAACCUCCACAAACACUUUUGCUUCCGUUAAAACAAGUUCUACGUACACAUAAAAAUAUAUAUACAUAUAUUUUUUUUUUUUUUUUAAAUAUAAACCGAUUCGAAAUUCAAAUAGUUUAUUUGCUCUGAUUAAAAAAAAGAUGGCUUGCAACCCACAAGCAGCAAAAGCUGCCACCCAGGGAAUCGCUGCCGCACAUGCCAGCAGCAUUGCGUAUGUACAGUGCCAGAAUCUGAAGUAUAAUGCCAUUAUUAUAGGCUGGCUGGGUGUCAUCAUAUCAAGCGUGAUGAUCUUUAGCUCCAUGAUGAUCAUAAAUAUGCAAACCGAUGUCGAAUUGCUGAUUAAACAAGUGCUGCUAAACCAGGUCACAGACAAGGAAAUGCAGCUCCUAAUGAAUCUAUUGGCUGCAUUUAGUACAGUCGCCUAUGGCAUGUCUUUGAUUAACUUGGGCGUCAGCCUGUUGCUGCUCAUUGGUGUGGCUCGGGACUCGAGCAGCCUGCUGUAUCCCUGGUUGAUAUAUCACGGAGUUGUGUUCGGAUUUGGUCUGUAUAUGGGUAUAUUCUAUGCCAUGGCUGGCCUAUUUAUAGAUCUGUCUAGUUUCUUGAUGUGUUUGCUGGUCUUCGCCCUUGUGCUAGUGAUUUAUUAUAAAAUCUAUCAUGAGGUAUUUACCCUAUUUCGGGUUAUGCAAGAACAGGCCUUACGUAGCGCACAAUUUUGCCAGGAUGCAGAGCAUGCCUAUGCCUCUGGCCUGCCAUAUUCGCCGCUAUAUUUACCUCGCUUUCCCUUCAAGCAAUAAACAGCAAGAACAGUUCAAAUAGUCGAUAAAUGUUGAGUAUAUAUAAUAAUUAAAUAAUAAUAUCCAG